CGGGGGCGAAGGCGGCGCGUGCGGCGGCUCCUCCCCGGCCGCGGGCUAUAGAAGGGGCGCCCGGCGCCGCCGCGCCCCGCACCGCACCGCACCGCCCCGCUCCGCUCCGCCCGGCCAUGCGCUCGCCGGCGGGGUGCGGCGGCGCCGGCCGAGCCCUGGCGCUGCUGGCGCUGCUGGCGCUGGCGGGCCCGGCCGCCGCCUGGUACAAGCACGUGGCCAGCCCGCGCUACCACACCGUGGGCCGCGCCUCGGGGCUGCUCGUGGGCAUCCGCCGCUCGCCCUACCUGUGGCGCCGCGGCCUGGAGCCGCCCCGCGACCCGCAGCCCGGCGCCGCCGCCCGCCUCCUCCAGCUGCUCCUGCCGCCGCCCGGCGCCGCGCCGCGCCCCGACGGGCCCCGCACCGCCGCCCGGCACCGCGCCGCGCCCGCCACCCCCGACGGCGGCGCCAGGCGGCAGGAGCGCGGCCUCCCGGACUCCAGGUUUUCUGAGUUCACGAUAUAGCUCCUGAUUUUCCAACUCGUUCCAACAGAGAUGUUUGAAGAGCAGCGGUUGCCUGACUUGGAAACUGUUUCCUACUGCCGACGAGGAAGAUUUUCAUGCUGGUUCUCCUGAUAUUCUGACCUCUUUGCAACCAUCUAGACAACUGCUGUUUAAAAAAAAAUCUCUGGUUUUCUUAUUAACUGUCCAAACACAGUGUUUUCACAUCAGCCUAGUGCUAUAGACUUGGGGAAAGCGAACAGAGAAGAUAUUUAUUUUCAUUAUUUUUUAGAUCUCUGUAAUAGCUUAUUUGCAAUAUAACAACAUGUACUGUUUGCUUUAUAGGAACCUGCACUCAUUAAAAUAAGAUUUAAUCAA